UGAGGAAUGAUUUUUUUAAAAACAAAAUGUCAGAUUAGAAAUUAAAAAAAAGAUAAAAAUUCGCAGUCAUUCCCGUAAACUUUCUCUUUAAAAACCAAGUUCGCUCUAUUUAUCAGUGGUUGGGAAUUGCUUAUUAAAAUGGCACACGUGCCAACUAAACAUUGCAAUGAAAUGUACAAAUGUGGGUCAGUUUACGGAAAUGAGGUGUUGGUCGAUCUUCCUUCAUCAAUGUAUAAAACUCCGAUUAUUUACAGCAAUUUAGAUACUACUUCAGCCAUGCAACCAGAAUUAAAGGAACUUGAAAUUCGGCAACUAAAAACAUUAAAUGAUCUUGAGCAACUAUCAGUUGAGAUAAAGCAGAUUGCAAAGAUGUUAAAUCAUAAUUUUGAUGAAACAUUAGAAAAAGCUUCACAGUGUAAAGAAGUAAAAGAAACGAAGGAGUUAGUUGCACCUGCGUUAUUACCUAAUCUUCCUCCUGGAAAGUUAGAUUUUGUCAUUUCAGUAUCGUCUCAACAACCUUCUAUAACACCUUUGCUUAUAGCUGAGUUGCUUAAACAUGCUGGUGUUAAAGUUGCAACUGCAUAUCAUAUACAUUCAUCCUGCCAUAAAAAUGUUUCAGAUGAAAUUCUUGAUAUUGUUAAAAGUGGAAACUUGAGUCGAACUGAUGCUGAUGUGGUGCUUACAUUUAUCUGGAAAAAAGACAGCUUUUUGCCUUCUCUGAUGUUCUCUCCAUUGCAUCAAACUCGUAUAUAUGGUGAUGCUGCUAUUGCACGUUAUUUAUGUCGUACACUUGCUCCAACCCUAUUUGAUGAAAGUGAUGUCACUCAAGUUGUUAGUAUAGAGAAAUGGCUUGAUAGUGCAAAUCAGAUCUUUAAUGGGAGUUCAAAAGAAAAAGAUGCUUCUAUGAAAAGUCUAAAUGCCCAUUUAGGCCAAAAUCAUUUAAUUUGUGGCAACAUUGUUUCUGUUGCUGAUCUUGUCCUUCUUUCGUCAAUCCUCACAAAUAAACUUCAUUUUCAAACUUUGCCUAAGAAUGUAAAACGAUGGUUCUCAUAUUUAUCAAGUUCUCUCGGCUCGAUAAUUAAUCAAUUUAAUGUGCCAUCAGCAUGGUUAUCGUAGGCUAUACGCAUAUUUAUAAAAAAAUUUCGAUACAAUAUUAUAUAAAAUUCAUUUUAAAUGAUUUAUACUAAUGCGUAAAUGAA